AUGACAGUUCUUACCACGGAGACCGUUGGGGAGCUCCUCAAAGAUGAUAUCAAGGUCAAGGUGGCUGGUGUGGAUGCCGAUGGUGUGCUCCGUGGCAAGAUCAUGGCCAAGGAGAAAUUUGUUUCAACUGUAAAGUCUGGAUUUGGCUUCAGCUCGGCUAUCUUUGGAUGGGACAUGCAUGAUGAGCUUUACGCAACAGAGGACAACACAGAGGCGGAAGGUUACUCCGACUUGACUGCUGUGGCAGAUUUGGCCUCAUUCAGAAGAUUGCCGUGGGAAGACAACAUCCCAUUUUUCAUGUUGACUUUCAAAGUGGACGAGAAGCCAGCGGCCGGCUGUCCUCGUGGUCUUAUAGAAGGAGUCAAACAGAAGUUGGGGCAAGACGGCUAUCAUCCCCUAGCAGGCGUUGAAUUGGAGUUUGUUAAUUUCCAAACACCGAGCGAGGAUGGCUAUGGCAAUCCAGGAGCUCGGCCCGAUCUCGCGGCUUUCAUAUCCAAGAGUGGUCCACAGGCUGUUCGCCCAAUUACUCAAGGCAUGUUUGGAUACAGUAUGACCAGACCUGUUGCAUCUAAGAGAUACUUUCACGACAUUUUUGAUACAAGCGCCAAAGUCCGUUGCAAUUUGGAAGUAUGGCACACAGAAAGUGGCCCUGGCGUGUUUGAAGCAGCCCUCGGUGUACAAGAUGCAGCAGAAAUGGCAGAUAGGGUCAGUUUAUUUAAACUAUUAACAAGAUCUUUGGGAGUGGACCACAAUAUUACGCCAUGCUUCAUGGCGAAACCACUCCAAGGGCUUCCCGGUAGUUCUGGUCAUAUUCACGUUUCUUUAAUCGACAGCAAUGGUAAAAACCUGUUCGCCAGAGACUCACCGAACCCCAACCCACAGUGGAAAGACUUGGAGCACUUUUCCGACUUGGGCUGCCACUUCUUAGCUGGUAUCAUCGAUGCACUCCCAGAUAUUAUGCCCUUAUUCGCCCCGACGGUGAACUCAUACAAACGGUAUGUCGAAAAUUUCUGGGCCCCAGUAUUUGUCACCUGGGGAUUCGAGGACCGCAUCGCCUCUCUGCGUUUGAUCGGCCCCCCUUCAUGCAAGGCAUCAGCAACACGAAUUGAGGUCCGUAUUCCAGGAGCCGAUUUACAUCCUCACUAUGCAUUGAGUGUCAUCUUCUGUGCCGGUCUUCGAGGCAUACAGAAGAAGCUCGACAUUAAGGUACCCCCACAAUCCGCAAGAAAGAAGACAGAUGGCAAGCCCUUGAGGCUGGCGGAUACUCUCCAGCAAGCCUUGGAUCGCUUCUCGGCACCUGAAAGUGUCGCGAGGGAACUUCUAGGUGAUGAAUUUGUUGACUUUUUCACAAUUUCCAGGCGCCAUGAACUUAAGCUCUGGCGGGAGGCUGUUACUGAUUGGGAAUUUACUCGAUAUAUUGAGCUUGUAUGA